AUGGCAGAGGAAACACAGAGGGACUCCUGCUCCAAGCUUCUCAUUCCAAACGCUCACACUGCAACAGAACAACCCAUUUUCGUGAAGGCCACUUGGUUUCCCACCCACUUCCACCUCGCCGUCACUGACGGCCUCACCGCCUGGCAUUGCCACCCAUCGGAGGAGGAAGUGAAGCAGCGUGCUGCUCAGUGGGACCUCCCAGUUUCAGAAUACCUGAAUUUGUCUGAGCGCUAUCUGGGGCAUCAACAAUCUGGCUCUGUCUAUGCAUUUGACGAUGCUGGUGAUGGCCAUAAGAGGUUGUCGUGGACGUUUGAAAAGGAAGGAAUGACUCUGCUUUGGAGAUGGAAAUGCUUGCUGUCUCCUGAUUCUAAGAAAAGUAAUGUGGAAAUAUUGGACUUUCUCAUGGGCUCAAACAUAAACCUAAGUGGCAAAGUUGUUGGAGAAAAUGAAUUGUUUGAGAAGAUGAAAGUGGAAGCUGAGAAGUGCUUAACCCAGAGUGAGAGAAUUGCCAAUGAGAGGCUGGAAUUUGAAUCUGAAAUCUAUGCAAAGGAUGAUCCCAGCAGACUGUUUGUGGGGGUUUUAAAUUCCAAGAAAUCAAAACUGAGAGAGCUUCGAGAUAAGCUGUCAAAACAAGAGCAUACUGAGAAAUAUCCUCAAGAAGAAGACACAGACAAAACUGAGAGUUUUGAUGAAGACAGUGAUUUUGACAGAAGUGAUGAAGAUCCCCAAAAGGAUGUUACUAGUUCUUCAAAGGAUGUCAUGGCAAAUAAGUUUGUGUGUUUCUCAGGAAAGUCGCAAAGUAAGAGUUCAUGGCCUGAGCUGGUUGGUGUGGAUGGGAAAGUCGCAGAGGCUACAAUUGAGAGAGAAAAUCCUUCGGUGAAUGCUUAUAUCGUGCCAGAAGGAUCUGCCGUCAUUCUUGACUUUCGAUGUAAGAGUUCAUGGCCUGAGUUAGUUGGAGUGGAAGGAAAGGUGGCAGUGGCUAUAAUCGAGAGGGAGAACCCUUUGGUGGAUGCUGCCACUGUAAUUAAGGGAUCCUUCGUCACCGCUGAUUUCCGUUGUGAUAGGGUUCGGGUUUGGGUCACUGAAGAUGGAACCGUUUAUCAGGUUCCAAGAAUUGGAUAG